UGUACUGCGCAUGCGUGACAAGAGAGUAAAUCAACAGCGCAAAAUUUUCUGCUAACAUUUAGAUGUAAAAGCAUUAGAUAAUUAAAAUUUAAUAAGUGUAAAAAUAAAUUGAUUUAUGCUCUAUGAAUCAAAAUCCUAAGACAUUCUUUUAACACUUUGAUUAGACCCCGGGUUCCUGCACCCUGUCAUUGUAAUGCGUGACGUCACUCUUCAAAAUGGCAAACUUUUUACAGGGAUUGCCUAGCCAUAAUUCCAACAAUUUUACCAAAUAUCAACAAGAUGCCUCGUGUAAAACAACAAUAAAAAAACCUGCAGUAUAUAUUUCAACAGUAGAUCAUCCAUCUGACCAAGUCAUCACUACAGAAAAAACUAACAUUCUUCUGCGAUAUCUACAUCAACAAUGGGGUAAAAAGAAUGCCCAGAAAAAGCGAGACAGUAAUCGUGCAGAUUUAGAAACAACCGAAAGUCCCUCAGCUGCCAAAGUACCAAGAUUAAACAAUUCUUCAAGUAGAGAAGAGGAUGGUGCCUCUUAGGGUCAAAUAACAUGAGACUAUAAGUGCUAAAGGAAUUGUGAAUAUAACCUGUCCUAGGAUGGUACUUCCCAGGAUGAUAUAGCCUUGGAUGGAAAUGUAUAUUAUUUGUUCUAUGAUGAUACUACCUUGGACUAUAUAGCCUGGGAUUAAGCACUCUCGGAUAUCUGUAUAUUAUAUUAUUUGUCCUAGGAUGGAACUGUCUGGAAUAAAUAACCUGGGACUAAGUGCUCUAAGAUACGAUGAUCUGUCCUUUGAGGGAUACAUACAAUGCAGUACUAGUAGACCUGUGUAGAGGUCAUGCAAAUAG